AUGGUAAAACCCAAAGCAGAAUCACCAUGGGGCAACCAUUUUGCCUUCUUGCAUGUCCAAUUACCUGAGUUGGUGGCCAGUACUGAGUUAAAUCCAAUAGAAUUUAUCAGGAAAGCUCAGCAAAUCAUCAAGCGAAAGAGAAGCUCUUUGGCUGUCUAUCUCACUGCUGCAUUCAUUGAGAUCGUGAAGAAAUUAAAAGGACAUGAGGUAGCUGCCCAAUGCAUUCAUAAAACAAUGGUGAACGCAAGCAUGACAAUAACAAAUAUGAUUGGCCCAGUGGAAAAGAUGUCUUUGGCUAAUCACCCAAUCAAAGGCAUGUACUUUGCCAUUGCUGGCAAUCCUCAGAGUCUUAACAUAACAAUUGUAAGCUACGUGGAUAAACUAAGGGUUACAGUGGGAGCUGAGAAGGGCUUCAUAGAUUCCCAAAAGUUGAAGUCGUGCAUAGAGGAAGCUUUCCAGAUGAUACUCAAAUCUGUUUCCUGUGAAAUUCAGCAAAAGAAUUGA